AUGGAUACUAAGGCUAAUGAUGUCGAUGAAAACGAGUCUCCCCUCAUUGAACAACUCGAAUGGGGAUCUAUUCAAGUCAAAGGAUUUUCUCCUGGCAAAGAUUUUAAACUUUUUCCAGGAGGCGCUUUAGAAUGGGACUGGAAUGAAACAAAUACUCGUCAUGUUCCAGGAAUUCAACAAAAAGAUGUCGAAUUUUUGAUUGAAAAAGGAGCAAAAUAUAUCGUACUAUCGAGAGGUAUGAAAAAUAAACUUCAAACACCAAAAGAAACUGAAGAUUUCCUCGAAAAACAAAAGACGAACUUGGAUAUCACUGAUUAUUUCAUUAGAACAACUUUAGAAGCACAGAAACUUUAUAAUCAAUUGGUUCUAGAAAAGAAACCUGUUGGAGCAUUGAUACACUCAACAUGCUGA